AUGGACCUCCUCGCGCAGUACAGCGACAGCGAGGGGGAGGAGGCCAUAGCGAAGGCCAAGGCCGCCGGCGUGCUGCCAACCGGAGCGGCUCCGAAGGCAGUCUCGCGGAAGCCCAUUGCUGGUGUUGAUCUUGCACUGCUGCCUUCUGUGGAUGCAGCGCCUGACGUCGACACCCUCGCCUUGGGCGCAGUCACGGAGUGGGCCUACAAUACCGCCGACAAGCGGAUCCUGACGAAUCCAACCAUAACAGCGUUGAGCAAGCCUCUGCAAGGGCCACUCGAGGAGGGAAGGUGUAGCCUCGAGCAAGACUUCAACAAUCACAAGAUGGGCCGAGUCGAGAAGGCAGCAAUGAGCAAGUUUGCCUUCGAUCAGCAGUAUCUCACCUUCCACAACUUCGGGUACGCUGCAAACCCUUGCAAGAACAUUCCAGAGGGGGAAGAAAUGGUGGUCAGCACUGAAGCCGACUUCCAAGAAGGUCGUGGUAUUUGGGACAAGCCCCGCAAAAGGCAACGUUUGGAAGGCCCGGACAUGCCGGACGACGAUAGGCCCGGUAAGGGGCACGCUGAAUCCGCCAAGUGGGGCGGCUUCAUCGAUAGCGAUGUUGUCAGAAAGCAGUUGGAAGUCGAAGUGAAGGCGAGAGAAGAGGAGGUUGCCAGGAGAGCAGAGGAGGAGAGAGCCGUUGAAGGUGAAGAGAGGGAAACGAAGGAACGGAUCACUUCCGUCUUCCAUGGCAACAAGGAGAAAGACUAUGCCGGCCGCUCUUGGAUUGAGAACAAGACCAACAUCACCAAAGAUGUUGAUGACAAGCAGUGCUUCCUGCCCAAGAAGUGGGUACACACUUGGACCGGACACACCAUGGGCGUGCAGAAGAUCCGGUGGUUCCCGAAGACCGCGCAUCUUCUCCUGUCAGCUGGCAUGGAUGCUAAGAUCAUGAUCUGGGACUACCACAACCAGCGGAAGUGCCUUCGAAGCUACUUGGGGCACGAUCAAGCCGUUCGGGACAUCGCCUUCACGGCUGCAGGG